AUGAAGAAAUUAGACACAACUAAAAGUCUGCCUGAUAUCGCUUCAAAUCCUUCCGAUUGUCCUUUCAGAGAAUUUAGAGAUAAUGAGCUGUCGGCGGAGUACUGGGGAUUGGGCCCUAUAGCUUUUAAAUCUGCGGUGCGGCUAGGAAAAGGUGGGCACAAGUCGCAAAUGGACAACGUCUGGGUGGACGAUCAGAUUCAGCCGUUACCAAGGUCAGCGAAGAAACGUUUCCACAGUUGGGUCAGAGCGGAAGACCUGGCGAUGAGUCUAUGGCAGACCGACGUAACUAUUUUUGAGGCACUGUUAAAGUUGGCCGCUCCAGCUAUGGAUUCUGAUGACGAAUCAGAUAACGAGGACCAGACGUUUAAUGAUUUCGACAUACUGCAAGCUCUUACAGGAGCCAUGAACUUGACUCAUAUCAUCAAUGAUAUUGAUCAAUUAUGGAAACGGAUAUCCGCGGAAGUUCCACAAUUUGUAUGGGACGAUGACGAUGACACGAUUACUAGCACUGUAAAAACUAAAACACAAAUCGCUGACUUCCAUUAUGAU